AUGACGGAAAACAAUCUCGAUCAACUUGUUUCUGAACUUCUUAAUUCAUCUUGGUCCACUAAUUUGAUAAUAAAUAUGCCAGAUAUUUUUGAAAAACAAACCUCUCAAACAAUAUCAUCGUUUGUCUCAGCAUCAUUAAAAUCCUUAGUCGUUAUCGAACAUUGGACAUGGCAAAUGCUCAGUAAAUAUUCACAACGAUCGAUCAAUUUAGAUAAUUGCGUCAAAUUCUUUCAUGUACUCCAAUCGUUUAAUGUUAAAUUAAUUUCGAAUAAUGAUGGAAUUCAGUCUGAUACAAAAAUAUCGCUUUUGAUUCCAUCGAAUAUUAAUUGGAUUGAUGGUAUACUUGAACAAAUCAAAUCAAGCAAUGAUACAUUUCUAACACUUGCUGGUUUGUGGUUUAACACUCUGUCAUAUUUAGUUCAUCAAAUUUCUGAUAUUGUUCAUUUACCAACACUGUUACAUGUCAAUAAUCGACUAAGUAGCGAGUUUUUAAUCACAGCUUAA